ACUGUUGUAUGUUCUGCCAAUCGCUUGAGGACAGAGUGGGAAAAGGAGCAAGCAGAGUUAGAAGCCGGACAAAAGAACUUAUAGAGCCUUUAUAUACAUAUUUUCCUCAUGUUUUAGAGCGCGUGCAGUGGUGAGGCAUUUGCGGAUGGACUUGUCUGUGUAGUUAUGGAGCCCCCUUUAAGCAAGAGGAAUCCGGCGAUAAGAUUAGCGGAUUUGGCAGCGACUCAACCCCUUCCUCAUCAGAAUAUGACAGGCUUCCCGGGGCUAGGGGGGCAUCACCCUCUCUCCCACCAUGCCCACCUCCACCCCGGGGAGCUGGGCAACGACCCCGGAGUGGCACUCACUCCAUUUGGACCAGAGCACAUGGCACAGACAAAUGCUCUCAAACUUAGCCCGUCUCAACACAUUCAGAGCCAUCCCGAAGCCCAGACCGCGGCAUCUUUCACUUCUGCUCAGACCACAGUUGGUUUCCCCGUGGCUCACCCCCACUCAGGCUACUCAAGCAGCAGGGACUUCAUCCUCAGGAGAGAACUCUCAGCCUCUGCUAUGCAUGCACUUGGCGACCAGCAUAGUUCCGCCUCCUCCCCUCAUCACCAUGGCAUGUUCAUCUCCCCAACAGGUGCUUAUGGGCACGCAGAAAGUGGGGCCCAUUCUCUUUUCACUGGACUUCACGACCAGGCGUCCCCAGGUGCCCACCAUGCCCUCAACGGGCAGAUGCGCCUGGGUAUACCGGGGGACGUCUACGGCAGGCCAGAGCACUUCGGGCACAGGCCGGAGCACUAUGGACCGUCUUCCCUCCACAGCUACAACUCCAUGAACCUCAAUGUGAACAUCGCGUCUGCUCCGCACGCAGCCGCGGGGGCGUUUUUAAGAUACAUGCGGCAGCCCAUAAAGCAGGAGCUCAUCUGCAAGUGGAUCGACCAGGAGCUGAGUCAGAAAAAGCCCUGCUCCAAAACUUACAGCACCAUGCACGAGCUGGUCAACCACGUCACGGUGGAGCACGUCGGCGGACCGGAGCAGAGCAGCCACGUCUGCUUUUGGGAGGAAUGUCCACGGGAAGGGAAAGCCUUUAAGGCGAAGUACAAACUGAUCAACCACAUCCGCGUGCACACGGGAGAGAAGCCCUUCCCGUGCCCCUUCCCGGGAUGCGGAAAAGUCUUCGCGCGGUCGGAAAACCUCAAGAUUCACAAGAGAACUCAUACAGGGGAGAAGCCUUUCAAGUGCGAGUUUGAUGGCUGCGACAGAAAAUUCGCCAACAGCAGCGACAGGAAGAAGCACUCCCACGUGCACACCAGCGACAAGCCUUACUACUGUAAGGUGCGCGGGUGUGACAAGUCCUACACGCACCCCAGUUCUCUGCGCAAACACAUGAAAGUGCACUGCAAGUCCCCGCCGCCCCCCUCCACCAACGUCCCCUAUAUAUCCUCCACUAACCCUCUGGGUGACCCCCUCUCCCCCAACCCUGACCCGCACAGGAACCGCUCAGCGAACCUCUCACCUCAGGUCACUAACCUCAACGAGUGGUACGUGUGCCAGGGCAGCGGAGGGCCCAACCACCUCCACACCCCCUCAAGCGACAUGCCAACGUCAGAUUCAGAGGAAGAGGACUCUUUUAGGAAUUCAGACCCAAGGACGAUGCUCUGAUUUCCUGCCCCCCUUACCCUCUCUGACAGUCAAAAAGACCCUUUCAGUGAGAACCAUUGGGAAACUGGCAGCGUAAAGGCCAAGUUAUAUGAGGAAGGAGUUUCUCUGGGGGUGACCUCUGACCUUUGACCUGAACAGUUUAAAAAAAAACCUUCACACUGUAAUCAGACUUGAAAUUGAAAGCUAAUUCUACUGCCACACGACUGAUCAAGAUUUAACACCAACAUUAAGAAUUGUUCCCUUUUUUUUCAACAAGAUCAGUGUUUAGGUUUUAAUUAUUUGCAUGAGCCUCCAACAUCCUGUUGGGGGAGGAGUGGAAUCACUUUUUGUCACAUUAGGGGAUAUCGAUGGGUUAAAAAAGUAUUGUUUUGUAUAAUCGUUUAAAAAAAAACCUUUAUUCAUGUCCUUUCUUUAAGAUGUGAUUUGAACUUCGACACAGAAAAGCGAAACGUCUUUUGUAAGGGUUCUAAUUUUUUCAGAUUUAUACAAUAAAUGUGUUUGGAUGGAAUUUUGUAAUAUUUAAGAAAUAUUUAAGACUAUAUUUUAUGCAAAAAAAGAAGAAAAAACAAAAACACAAGUGUAAUGCUUGCAAAGCGAGUCCCUGGAGACCCUAAAUAUCUGCCUUCACAGGCCGUCAUUGACCCUGAGGGGAUCUGUAAAUAUGUAAAUAACCUGGUGAAUGCUGUGUAGGUUUACUCACAAGAAAAAGUGAUGUUUUGUACGUCGUAAUUUAUUUGUUGGUAUCCGUGUUGUACUGGGAUUUAAACAGAAGGAAAAGGUAAAAAAUAACAACAAACACCAAAGAGUUAUCAUAUCCGUGUUGGUGAUGUGUAAAGCCCUGCUGAUGUCUUUAAACAAUUCACUUACUUUGUUCUUUGGUUUUUCAUUUGUGCUCUGUAACAGAAAAAAAAUCAACUUGAAUAGGCUGUUGAAUGUGACAUACUCUUUCUCGCAUGCCUUUUUUAAUGUGAUCUGUCUUUUAAUAUUGAGGUGCCAGCUGGACUUUAGGGAUAAAGGAAGAGAAAUUUCAUUCUUAUGCAUAAUAUUCAUUCCUAAUUAAAAUUCCAGGACAAUGAAGAAUUAAGUGAUCAUGAUUUGAGUCAAAUGAAUCAGUAAGAUCAUUCUGCAAGAUAAAAAAGUGUUAAUCUAGCUGGUGGAUGUGACAUUUUUGCCUUUGUUCACUAUUUAUGAUCAAGCAGCAGCAGUAAAGCUUCAUCUCAAACA